AGUGUCUUCACGUUUCACUAGAAUCUCAGAUCAUAUAUCUAUUUGUUUAUAUUUGAUCUCCGUGGAAAUUUAACAAAUUUUUGUCACAUUCGAAAGAAUACGCCCGAUUUCCAAUUAUGGUGAGUAUUAUCAAAACACACAAAACAAGUUUGCCAUCAAAAAGAAAAGAAAACUAACAAUGCAAAAGGCUGCUAAAGAAACUGCAGCUGAAAGAAAGAAACGUUUCUUGUUAGAAGUUGAUGCAAAGACUGAAAGAUUAAAAGACAAGAAUGAUACAGCUAAAAGAUUCAAGUACUUAUUAGGACUAACUGAUCUAUUUCGCCAUUUCCUGGAUCUAAGAUCAUCAAGAGACCCAAAUAUCAAAAAGUUAUUGAAGAAUCUGGACAAUGAAAAGAGAGGAAUCACCACAAGACAACCAAAAGAGAGUAAUGCACGUCGUAGAAAGACUGAAAAGGAAGAAGAUGCAGAAUUGAUACAAGAUGAAGAAUUUGAAGAAGAAACUACCGUUUUAACUGAAUCUCCACACUAUAUUCAUGGUAAAUUAAGAGAAUAUCAAAUCCAAGGUUUGAAUUGGUUGAUUUCAUUAUACGAAAAUAGUCUUUCAGGUAUAUUGGCUGAUGAAAUGGGGUUGGGUAAAACUUUACAAACAAUUUCAUUCUUGGGAUAUUUGAGAUAUAAUAGAAAUGUUGAUGGGCCAUUCAUUAUCAUUGUCCCUAAAUCAACUCUAGAUAAUUGGAGAAGAGAAUUUGAAAGAUGGACACCUGAUGUCAAUGUUGUUGUCUUACAGGGUAAUAAAGAAGAAAGAGGUGAUAUUAUAAAGAAUCAAAUAUUGGAAGCUAAAUUUGACGUGUUGGUGACUUCAUUCGAAGUGGUUAUAAGAGAAAAAUCAGCUUUGAAAAAAAUCGCAUGGCAAUAUAUCGUUGUUGAUGAAGCUCAUCGUAUCAAGAAUGAAGAAAGUGCAUUAUCUCAAAUCAUCAGAUUAUUCUAUUCCAAAAACAGAUUGUUAAUCACUGGUACUCCAUUACAAAACAAUUUGCAUGAAUUAUGGGCAUUAUUGAAUUUCAUCUUACCUGAUGUGUUUGGUGAUUCUGAAAUUUUUGAUCAAUGGUUUGAAAACCAAGAAGAUGAUCAAGAUUUGGUUGUGCAGCAAUUACAUAAAGUGCUAAGUCCUUUUUUACUAAGAAGAGUUAAAGCAGAUGUCGAGAAAUCAUUACUACCCAAGAAAGAGGUUAACUUAUAUGUCGGUAUGUCUGAGAUGCAAAUUAAAUGGUAUCAAAAAUUAUUAGAAAAAGAUAUUGAUGCUGUUAAUGGUGUCGUGGGGAAAAGAGAAGGUAAAACAAGGUUACUAAACAUUGUGAUGCAAUUGAGAAAAUGCUGUAAUCAUCCUUAUCUUUUUGAAGGUGCAGAGCCUGGUCCACCUUAUACCACUGAUGAACAUUUGGUUUACAAUUCAGGUAAAAUGGCCAUUUUGGACAAGCUAUUGAAGAAAAUGAAGGAACAGGGUUCAAGAGUGUUGAUCUUCAGUCAAAUGAGUCGUGUUUUAGAUAUUUUGGAGGAUUAUUGUUUCUUUAGAGAAUAUGAGUACUGUCGUAUAGAUGGUUCAACCUCUCAUGAAGAACGUAUUGCUGCCAUUGAUGAUUAUAAUAAGCCAGAUUCUGAUAAAUUUAUCUUUUUAUUAACAACAAGAGCCGGUGGGUUGGGUAUUAAUUUAACUUCUGCUGAUAUUGUUGUUUUGUAUGAUUCUGAUUGGAAUCCUCAAGCUGAUUUACAAGCUAUGGAUAGAGCUCAUAGAAUUGGUCAAAAGAAACAAGUUAUGGUUUUCAGAUUUGUUACUGAAAAUGCCAUUGAAGAGAAAGUCAUAGAGAGAGCUGCUCAAAAAUUGAGAUUAGAUCAAUUGGUUAUUCAACAAGGUAGAGCUGUGAGUAAGAAUUCUGCCAUAGGUAAUAAUAAAGAAGAUCUUUUGAGUAUGAUUCAAUUUGGUGCAAAAGACGUUUUUGAAAAUAACCAAUCCUCAUUAGAAACUGACAUUGAUGAAAUUUUGAGGAAAGGUGAGGAGAAAACUAAGAGUUUGAAUGCAAAGUAUUCAGCAUUAGGUCUAGAUGACUUGCAAAAAUUCACUUCAGAUCAAUCCGCUUAUGAAUGGAAUGGUGAAAAUUUCGCAAAGAAAUCAAAUGAUGGCGGUUUGAAUUGGAUCAACCCAUCUAAAAGGGAAAGAAAAGAACAAACUUACUCUAUUGAUAACUAUUAUAAAGACGUUUUGCAAUCAAAAUCUACUCCUCAACCUAAAACUCCAAGAGCUCCAAAAUCAGUUCAUAUUCAAGAUCAUCAAUUCUUCAAUCCUGAGCUAAAAACAUUAUUAGAAAAAGAACAGUUACAAUACAAAAAAUCAAUAAACUAUAAAGUUUCACUAAGUGAUGUUGAAGAUGAUUACGAAGAAGAAGAAGAUGCUAAAAAAGAGAAAAUCAAGAAGGAUGAAGAAAAUUCAACACCAAGCAGAAAUUUGUCAAAGAAAGAACGCAGAAAAGUUGAACAAGACAAGAUUGCAAAUGCUGAACCAUUCACUCCAGAAGAUGAAGAGUUGAAACAGAAAUACAUUAAUGAAGCAUUCUCUGAUUGGUCAAGAAGAGAUUUUACUAAUUUUAUUCAAUACUGUGCAAAGUAUGGGCGUGAUAACUAUAAAUUGAUUUCUGAAAUGUUGAACAAUAAAUCAGUGGAUGAUGUCAAAGCUUAUUCUAAAGUUUUUUGGGAAAGAACUUCAGAGAUUGAAGGUCAUGAAAAAUACGUUGCCCAGAUUGAAGCUGGUGAGAAGAAAGUGCAAAGAUUAUUAAAUCAAUCCAAAUUGUUGAAACUAAAGCUUGAGCAAACUAAGACACCAUUAAAGAACUUGAUUAUUCAUUAUCCUCCAAAUAACUCUAAGAGAGUUUAUAGUGAUAUUGAAGAUAGAUUUUUGCUGGUUACAGUUAAUAAACUUGGACUAUUAUCUGAAUUCUUAUUUGAAAGAGUUAAAAAUGAAAUAAGGACUAGUGAACAUUUCAAGUUUGACUGGUUUUUCCAAUCCCGUUCUUCACAAGAACUUGCAAGAAGAACAAAUACAUUAUUAUUAGCCAUCACAAGAGAAUUUGAAGGUCCAGAAGCAUUGAAAAGAAAAAGAACCAAGUUGGCUGGCAAUGAUAAUACGAAUGGAAGCACUCCAAAUGUCAGUCGUCAAGGCACAGUGGAACCAACAUCUACAACCAUCACUACAACAAUCAUUAGCACUGAAAAUGGAGCACCAAAUAGUGCGAAAAGACCAACAGAUACAGUUGAAGAAUCUGAAAGUAAAAAAGUCAAAACAGAAUAAAAUCAUUUGUAUAUUAUUUCAAGAAGCUGUAUAAUAUAACGACAAAGAAAAGGAAG